CAUGAAAUUGUGAUGGUCAGAGAUAAGUUGUCCCCACAGUGCAACUGCCCCAAUGUGACACAUUUGCCAAGCACCUGUGCUAGUCCUGGGGUUGGACUUGACUCUCACCCCCAGGCAUGGUCUUCUCCCAGUUUGAGAACAUCUUCUGCUCUCUAUGAAGCUUGAGAACUGGAACCCACAGCUUCCUCUGGCUAAGAUGCUGUCAGGGACCCAGGGAUCCAUAGAGAUGAAACUGAAGAGUUUGGUGCAAAGGGCUGUCUGCCAGCAGCUUUCUGGAUGCAGAGCUGGGAAGACAAGAGAGUGACAAAAUCCCCUGUUCAAAGCUUGCCAGAGUGCUGAAAAUACUGUUUCUCUCUAGGAACGGGGACAAAGGUGGCUCUCUCUCAGUGUGUGCAGUAUCCCAUAGCCUUGACUUAGUCAUGAAGCACAUCUGGGCAAAUACCAGACACAGUCAGCAAGUCCAGCUCUGCAUCCCCUUUAAAUCCCAAGCCUGGAAAGAACCUCACACAGCAGGACGGAGCAGAGACACCUGUACAGUUAGCCAGAUCUCCAGUAAGCGUAGCACUGCCACCACCACGGACCCUCACUCCUGGAGACAGCAGGAUGGAGAAGAGGAGAUGCCCCUCCAGGCAGAAGAUAUCCGUCCUGAAAUGAGAGAAGAUCUCCACGACCCCAGCUACCAGGAUGAGGAGGGGCCCCCGCCCAAGCUGGAGUACGUCUGGAGGAACAUCAUCCUCAUGGCCCUGCUGCACGUGGGGGCCCUGUAUGGGAUCACCCUGGUUCCCUCCUGCAAGGUCUACACCUGGCUCUUUGGAAUAUUCUACAACGUGGUUGCUGGUUUGGGCAUCACAGCUGGAGCUCAUCGCCUGUGGAGCCACAGAACAUACAAGGCACGGCUGCCGCUGCGGAUUUUCCUCAUCAUCCUCAACACCAUGGCGUUCCAGAAUGAUGUGUACGAAUGGGCCCGAGAUCACCGCGCCCACCACAAGUUCUCAGAAACACACGCUGACCCUCACAAUUCCCGCCGUGGCUUCUUCUUCUCACACAUGGGUUGGCUGCUUGUGCGCAAGCACCCGGCCGUCAAAGAGAAGGGCGGAAAACUGGACAUGUCUGACCUAAAGGCUGAGAAGCUAGUGAUGUUCCAGAGGAGGUACUACAAGCUAGCUGUCACACUCAUCUUCAUCCUGCCCACACUGGUACCCUGGUACUUCUGGGGAGAAACUUUUCGACACAGCUUAUACAUCACCACUUUCCUGCGGCAUGGUAUACUUCUAAAUUUCACCUGGUUGGUGAACAGUGCGGCCCACCUCUAUGGACACCGGCCCUACGACAGGGGCAUUGGCGCCCGAGAGAAUCCCCUGGUUUCAAUGGCAUCUUUGGGCGAGGGCUUCCACAACUACCACCACACCUUCCCCUAUGACUACUCUGUCAGUGAGUACCGCUGGCACAUCAACUUCACCACGUUCUUCAUCGACUGCAUGGCUGCCCUGGGCCUGGCCUACGACCGGAAGAAAGUGUCCAAGGCCGCUGUCUUAGCCAAGAUUAAGAGAACUGGAGAUGGGAGUCACAAGAGUAGCUGAGUUUGGGGUGAUCUGGGUCUCUGUUCCAUAAACCAACUGGGUCAAUAUUUAAUGUUCUGUUAACUACUGAAUAAUGCUACCAAAGCUCAUUCCUUUGGGGUACAUGGUCUCUCUGUCUCUCUGUCUAUCUCUGUGUCUCUGUCUCUCUCUGUGUCUCUGUCUCUCUCUUUCUCUCUCUCUCUCUCUGUAGUCCAUUAGGCUUUAUAGACCAGACUGGCCUCAAACUCACAGAGAGCUUCCUGCCUCUGCCUCCCAAUUGUGGGGAUCAAAGGGGUGUAUCCCUGUGCCCAGCUCUGUGAAGUCUUAUCAACUGUUUAAGCCAACUCUCCUUUAUGGCUUCUAGCCCCAUCCCCCCACCCUUUAUUUUUAUUCUGCUUGUCUUCCUUGUCUCCUUGGUUGCUUCUCUGAGAAGCAGCCAGUGAGUACUCUGUCCACCUCCCAAAGGCUUCACAGCCUUUCUAAUGUCCCAAAGUAAGGACCUUCAUCAUGGACAGUUCUCUGUCUAGGUAUUUGUCCAAAGUUAAUCAAUACAACAAAACCUUUUAGGAAAUGUCUUAUUAAUUGUCUUUAGUUCAGGCUUUUCUGAAGAAAAGGGGGAAAAAUAGCGGUGUUUUUCCCGCUUGGUAUGUCACAGAACAAGAAGUCUUCGGAUGAGAUGUGUCCAAUUUGGUAAAACAGAAAAUGCAUAGAGGGUUUUGGGCUGGAUUCCAUAAGCUACACAUCCGACCUAUUCUAUACUUCUGUUCUGCCUGCCCUGUGUUAUUAAUGUUGUUUAUUUUCUGUUCUCACAGUGAUCGGGUAACUAUGGAAAUCCCAAACAUCCAAACAGGAAGAACUGUAGGCAAAGUUGGGUCAAACAUAAAAACAUGUAGACACAUAUGACCAUUGUUUAGAUCAGGGAGGUGUUUCCCUGAGUGUCUCCCUCUGAGAAAGUUCCAGAAGCUUUAGAGCAGAGGAUUUCUUGGGUUUCCUGUAAUUCCCACCCCUGACAAGAGAUGGGAAACUUGGUGGCCAGUGUCACUAGACGUUUCACUAGAAAUACCUUUGCGAAGAGAGAGAGAGCUCUGAGAACACAAUGCCAGGGCCUCCAGAAGUUACUGAGUUACUAAGUAUCAGAAUGAAACUAGUUUGAGGUUAGCAGCUCUAUUCAUUAGCCUAAAUGUCUCCUUGGAUUUGAGUAGUAAUUAGUCUUUUCUCUGUUUUGUGCCCCUCGCCCAUUCUUGUUCUAUGACUGUCCAGCCUAUACUUACACCCAAGGGACAAUGCCUAUCUCUUAACCUCCUAAUUCUUGAUUUCCCCAUCUUUUCUCCUAUUGGUCUCUUUGUUCCCUGACAUUUCUCCUUUCCCUCAACAGGCAGUCUCCUGUACACAUUCAGGGUGGCCCUUCUCCUCCAGAUGCGAUGCUCAUGGGCGUAGACUUUCUCUAGCAAGUAAAGCUGUUGGACACUUUCCUGUCACUUCUAUUUCUACUCUUCCUAUUCCUUUGUGUAACUCUGUCACAUGAAUGACUUCAGAAAAGUUCAGCAAACUUUCUGGAAACACCUCUGGCUCAGAAGGUCUUUCUAGCUCAAAUCCUAACCAACACAAAAUAUCCUUGCUGUGCCAGGGAGGCAACCACUGAGCAGAAGGGUUUGUUAUCAGCCCUCCCUGUGUGGAUCGGAGCAGAGAGCUUGAGGGCAUGGUCAGCGCCUCCCACUGUCCAGGAGCACCAGAGCUCCCAUGUGCUAGUGGAACGAGAAGUCAUUGGGAGGAGUUUCGUACUCGCUGGGAAGCACCAGAAUGAAGGGCCAGCCAGGGCUACAUAGUGACCCCCCCCCACCUCAAGCAAAUCCCACCCCCACUCCACCACCCCCUAAAUACCCUAUGGGAAAUAAACACAGUUUUCUCUUCUUUCCCUUCAUGUUGUUUCCCUAGAUCUGAUCCUUGCAUGUCCCUAUAUAAGUCUAGAUGGAUAUUUAUGGCCCAAGUGUGUAUUUCAGAUCCAUAUAGAAGAGUGAUGUCUCAAUUAGGAACACUGUUUUUGAGAUUCUAAAGCUCAAUUCAAGUGACAUGUUAACGAGAAACUCCCGAUCUGUGUGAAUCUCUGAUCGUUAUUUCCUUGUGGGUACUCUGGCAACACACUAAGGUACCAUGCCCCUUUCUGGCACACAGUGGCUGUGACCUGCCUCCCCAGAGUUCACACAGAGCCCUGUGCAGAGUCGCACUGCACCUGACAUCCUGCUGAAUGUCAAAGAAGCCUGACUGGAGAGUUCUCAGUGCAGUGGUUACAGGAGUGGUUGUUUGUUUGUUUGUUUGUUUUCUGGGUUUCAGUCUGGAAACUUGCUUAGAGUUGUUUUUAUUAAGUAGCCACAUUUGGUGGAUGGUGGGAAUAAUUUGAAUAUAUUCUCCUUCCUUCUUUCCUUUCUUCCUUCUUUCCUUCCUUCCUUUCUUUCUUCUUUUUCUCUUUUUUUUUUUGUUUUUGUUUUGUUUUGUUUAGAUCAAAAAAUAGAAACCGGUUGGUGGUGGCACACGCCUUUAAUCCCAGAACUCUGGGAGGCAGAGGCAGGCGGAUUUCUGAGUUCAAGGCCAGCCUGGUCUACAGAGUGAGUUCCAGGAAAGCCAGGGCUAUACAGAGAAAGAGAAACCCUGUCUAAAAAAAAAAUAGUAGUAAUAUUGUUGGUUCUGAUAGGUUUUUUCAAACCCACCAGACUAAAUGAAGAAGAAUCUAUUAUAUCAUCCUCCUAGCCGAUUGGAAACAGCCAGGCCAACACUCUGCAGGGACAGCCCUCUUUCUUCUUUUCCCAUGCUAGAGGCCUUAAAAGGUCCCUGUGCCAGUUGGCCAUCGAAGUCUUUGCCUGUCCCAAGGGCAGCCUGAUUAUCCUUCUAGGGUAAAUAAAUCUCCUUUGUGCUGUAAAUUUGGUGUUCAGCUGUGUUCUGUGCCAACUCACACCUCACCCCACCCCUAGCUUCAGUAACCUGAGUUCUCCCUAGAGGUACCUCAGACACUUGUCUGUGAGAUCUUGAAGCAAGAUUCAUGUUCAGAUUUAUUUUAUAUUAUGGGUAUGCAUGUUUAGCUUACAUGUAUGUAGGCAUACCACAUGUGUGUCUCGGGCCUACAGAGAUCACAAGAAACAAUGGUUAUGAGCCACCACAUGAGUGCUGGGAAUUGAACCAGGGUCCUCUGCAAGAACAAGUUCUCUUAACCACUGAGCCAUCCCUCCAGCCCAAGAUUAAAAUUUAAAUUGAGGGCUAAGGGUAUCCAUUCUGAGCAGUCUCAGCCUCGGUGUGGUCCUGCUGAUGUUGGCCCAUUACAUCAUCCAUCCAAUCCCAUAAGGUGGUCAGGCCCAUUGUUAUCCCUAGGUGGAGUGUCUUUCCAGGAGCUAAGUCCUCCCUCCAGCUGCCCUGUCCACUUCUCAGCAUCAGAUUCUUGGAGAAAGUCUUAUUUCUGAGACUCAUUGUUUCAACAGUCUAAUAGUUAGACUGGGGUCUAUUCAUAGUAUUUCGUUUCUGCCUGGCUAGUUACGCUGUAAGAUUUUUCUUCAGGUGUUGGGAAUGUUUCAAAGCCUGGAGUGGUGUGUUUGUACAACCCUGUCAAUACGGGGAAUGCCACAGAAGUAGCUUAAAAAUAGUUGCUUUUUAGGUUGCAUAAGUUCCACUUCAGAUAAAAUGUCAUUCUCUAGAAUGUACAGCCUGAAAAAGGGGGUCUUUUGCAUGUAAAAUUCUGUGAGAAAUAAACAAAAAUAAAAUUUCAAAUAAUUCUGA